UCACAUUGGAUCUCGCCACAUGGCGCGGCGCCACCUCAGCUACGGUGGCUCUGCUCCUCACGCUGGCGGCCAGGACAACUCGAGCUUUUUCACGCUGCUCGGACUGGCAGGUGUCAUCGGUGGCGUGGCGUACGUGUACUACGAUCCGGAUGUUCUACCGGCAAGUGUCAAGAAAUGGCUGCCGAUCCAAGAGCCUGAGGGACGCGGCAUGAGUCUUGAGGAGUACGAGCAGUGGCGUGCUAAGCAGGCGGGAUUUCCAGCGGUCGUCACGCAGAAGAAUGAGGAUGAGGCCAAGUCCACGCACUCGAAAGACGAGGAGGAUGUCGAGCCGCCCAGCAUGAAUGAUGGCAUUCCCAUUCCACAUGGAGAUGUGUCCCCCGUGGAGAUGAAGGCGUCACUGGAGAAGCUUCUAGCUGAAGCACGAGAGAACGAGGCCGCGUUCAUCGCUGACAUCAAGUCUAACAGGGUCCCGGUAUCUGAGGAAGAUCGCCAGAUGCUGCAAGCGUUCAAGGACGAGAAAGCACGAUUAAAGAAACAGCUCAAGUUCCUCAAGUCCAGCAAGUAA